AUGGCUUCUAUAUACUCACUAGCAAUAAUCCUGCUCGGAGUGGUAAUGCUCACCACUCCUGUAUUGGCUAGUUACUACAAACCACUCGCUUAUGAAUCACCACCAUUUGAAAACCCACCAACUUAUGAGGCUCCUCCAACUCACAAACCACCGGCUUAUAAGCCUCCGAUAUUCCCACGGCCAAUAUACCAUCCUCCGCAUGAGAAGCCUCCUCCGGUGUACGAACCACCAUAUGUAGAGCCACCGCCAGAGUAUGAACCACCUGGUGAGAAUCAACCGCCGGAAUACGAGCCACCACAUCAUGAAAAACCACCAUAUGAGCAUCCAUCACCAGAGUACGAACCACCUUAUGGAAAACCACCACCAGAGUAUCAACCACCUCAUCAUCAAAAACCACCGUAUGAACAUCCACCACCAGAGUAUCUGCCACCACCUGAGUAUCCACCACCUCAUGAGAAGCCACCACCAGAAUAUCAACCUCCUCAUGCGAAACAACCACAUGAGAAUCCACCACCAGAGUACCAUCCACCUCAUGAAAAACCACCACACGAACAUUCACCACCAGAAUACCAACCACCACACGAAAAACCACCACAUGAACAUCAACCACCUGAGUACCAACCACCACACCAGAAACCACCUCAUGAAAGUCCACCAGCAGAGUACCAACCACCUCAAGAAAAGCCACCACAUGAACAUUCACCACCAGAAUACAAACCACCACACGAGAAACCACCACAUGAACAUCAACCACCUGAGUAUCAACCACCACAAAAACCACCUCACGAGAGUCCACCACCAGAGUACCAACCACCUUAUGAAAAACCACCACAUGAACAUUCACCACCAAAAUAUCAACCACCACACGAGAAACCACCACCAGAGUACAAACCUCCUCAUGAGAAUCCACCUCAUGAAAAUACACCACCAGAGUACCAACCUCCUCAUGAAAAACCACCGCAUGAACAUCCACCUCCAGAGUACCAACCUCCUCAUGAAAAACCACCGCAUGAACAUCCACCUCCAGAGUACCAACCUCCUCAUGAGAAACCACCUAAUGAAAAUUCACCAUCAUAUUACCCACCACCUCAUGAAAAACCACCACAUGAACAUCCACCUCCAGAGUACCAACCCCCUCAUGAGAAACCACCUCAUGAAAAUUCACCAUCAUAUUACCCACCACCUCAUGAUAAACCACCACAUGAACAUACACCUCCAAAAUAUCAUAAGCCUCAUGAGAAACCUCUUCAUGAAAAUCCACCACCAGAGUAUCAACCACCUCAUGAAUAUUCACCACCUCACGUAAAACCGCCACAUGAGAAUCCACCACCAGUGUACAAACCUCCUUAUGAGAAUUCACCCCCACCACAUGUUUACCAUCGUCCACUCUUCCACGCACCUCCUCAUGUGAAGCCACCUAUUUCCGCGCCACCUCCUCUAGUGAAGCCAUCACAGAUGGACAAACCACCACACUACAACCCCCGACCUUUUGGCCACUUUCCAGCAUCCAAGAACUAA